UCUCCGCCCCCAGUGCCAUGGAGACUAGCCUGGAAGCUUAAGGGAGCUGCUGUGGCCCAGGGCGCAGUGGGAAGAGGCCAGGAGUCUUGGACUAGCUAGCGGCAGGGUUUGAGCUAGGCUGAUGCAGCAGAACCACGGAGGUGGCUGAGCAGGGGCCGGGCCCUGGGACCACCCACCCAUCCACACUCACACAUCCACUUCUCCCUCCAGAGCCCCGCGCUGGAGCAGGUCUCAGCUCCAGGUUUUUCCUUAGUUGGGGAAUCGGGAUUUGGGGGAUCAAAGCCCCCCACAUCGCUCUCCCCCACUGCAGCUAUGUUUAUCAAGGUGAUGUUUGGGGCCGGCAGCUUCGUGCUGGUGAACACCUCCUGCAGACUGGUGAACCUCACAGCCCACCUGAGGCAGAAAGCAGGAUUGCUCCCAGAUGUGACCCUUGCUCUCCUGGCUGAGGACGGCAAGCUCGUGAGCCUGGAGGAGGACCUGAAGGAAGCGGCUUCAGGCGCCCCCACCAUGGGCAGCUCCCUGCUGAAGGAGCGAGCCACCUAUGUCCUCGUUCGCAUCAUCAGUAAGAGGGAGAGGGCAUGGCCCCCACCCGCUAUGAGUCCCUACUGGAGAACCUGGAUGACCACUACCCAGAGCUGGCAGGUGAGUGUCAGGGCACAGCCCAGGGGGAGGGCACAACUUCUCCCCAGCCCCUACCAGCAGGACUUCUUGGGCCUUCCAGAGGAACUGCGCAGGCUGGCAGGCCUCUCCUCUGCGGGCCAUGACCGGAGGAAGCGCAUGGGCACUCGGCGUGGCCACCAUGAGCAAAGCCCUGCUUCAAGAUCCAGAAAGAGUCAGGUGCACUUGGGAUUACCUGCUAAUGUCUCUCCACACCACUCUGGACUGUCCAGGGCAUCUGUCCUGUGCUACCCACGGUGCAGAUGGCAACAGGGCUCCCCCUCCCCAUCCAGGGCCCUGAGUAAGGUGAUGGAUUGCACACUUAGUGAGAUAUCCAUCCUGACCCCACCUCAUCAGCCAGGGAGCUCCCUGAAGACCAGCCAUUGAGAGAGGCACACGACAAGAUGUGGUCUAAAAUAAAUUCUUUUACUUGCA